AUGGACGGCUUGUUCGAUGGCUCGCCGCUUCUAUCGGCCGUCCUCGCGGCAGACUUCGUUGAUGUACUCUUGAAGAGAUGGUGGGAUCUUUUUACCAUCUUGGCUACAGCUUGGGUAUAUCUUGUACUUGCAAGGAGACUCGAUAUUCUGUUUACCCUGGGCUUUGUCGCUUGGAAGCAUGCUUCUGUAAUGACCUCGCUUGUAAGCCUCCUCAACUCACGGUAUACCACGGAUGCCGCCCUUGGAAUAUGCGGAAUAUUUCUAGUUGGUUACUAUGCCUCAAGGUGGAUUGUCAAUCGCAGGGUCAACUCUACUGCUAGUACUGCUCAUCGACUGUUGAUUCCUGGUCGAAUAACUCACCAUAGGUUGUAUCCCCAGAAGCAUUCUUUUUCUUAUCCAUACCUCCUGCUUGGCAUCCCGAUAGAGGUCUCGGAUAACGCCAAUGACAUUAUGCUUGCAAAUGUUCACAGUUCAUGGUCUUGGUUCAUACAAUUGUCCGGAUUGACAGCCUUGUUUAAGGUUUGUCCGGCUGAUCAUCUACAACGCAUACGCUCCGACAAUGGCUUGCGUGGAAAAUUGGAUGCAUAUCUGGGGUCUGAGGGUAUUGAUGCCUCGCGGUAUCCGUAUGCCUAUCUCGUGACUGCCGCACAGUUGCCAGGCUUGCGCUUUAAUCCGGCAACCUUUUGGUUCCUUUACUCACCAGACAAGGUCUUUCAGGCAAUCAUCCUGGAGAUGAACAAUGUCUUCGGGGAAAGGCAUCCCUAUCUUGUCACGAGAGAAGUACAGGCAGAAGAUAAGCAUGUUCAUAACAUGACCGAGAACGACCAAGGACUUCUGUGCGCUCAAAUAAGAACGACAUGGCGAAAGAGAUUUCAUGUAUCGCCUUUCAACUCGCGAACGGGAUCGUACUCUAUGCUUGCCAAGGAUCCCCCUGGGCCUGGAAUGCGAGGAUUUCGAGGUCUCGAUAUUUCCAUCACCCUCUCGUCGUCAAAAGACCAGCCGAAGGUUUUGACAAACUUGUUCUCCGAAGGCGAGGCUAUUGACCCCUAUAAAAUAAGCAUUUCAGGGAGGGUUCGGUUCGCCUCAAGCUGGCUCGGUUCGCUUCUAGCCAUUCUCCCCCGAUUCAUGAUGGAAUCAACCAUUCUCUUCUUCAAACCUAGUCUUCAUUUCUGGUAUCGGCCUGAACCUUACAAGGAAAGUAUAGGACGUUCAGCUAAUUGGAUUGAGAAAAUUCUCGAACAAGUAUUUCGUGAAUACUUGAAGCAUCUUGUCCAACGAUCGACCGCCCCUGUCACUAUUCUAUACACGCCAAGGGGAGUUGCUGAAGCGUCUAAGCAGACAUUUAUCUCACCCUCCACGUGCGGCCCUGGAGAAUCUAUUCGAGAUCAAGAUCAAAGUGUUGAUGCCGAUUUUCUAUUCACGCUUCGUUUACUAUGCGCAUGA